AUGGCAACAGCCACUGCAGCCACCUCUUCCUCCCCGCCACCAUCCUCACCAGGAACCAAUGGCAGCGCCCGGGAACACCUGAUGGCUGUUAGGCGCCGUAACCCUCAUGGUCGACCAUACACGAUCGGGCCGGAAAAUAUGCGCAGCCUGUCGGACUCUCCCUCCCAGGCGUCCUCAGUCUUGAAUUCAGGGGGCCAGACGGAAGCGGUUGGGGUGGGACUACAGCGGGCCAACAGCGACACAGAUCUCGUGACAUCAGACAGCCGCUCCUCACUAACGGCAUCCACAUACCAACUUGUACUUGGCCAUGGCCACCUUGUCAUCUCGUGGGACAUCAAAGAGGAAGUGGAUGCCACAGACUGGAUCGGACUGUAUCAUAUUGACGAGACAUGUGUAGCCAACGUGUGGGACUCCAAGAACCGUGGUGUGAACGGCACUCAGCGAGGCCAGAUUGUGUGGAAACUAGAAGCAGGACCCUACUUCAUGGACUAUGAGACUAAGAUCUGCUUCAAAUACUAUCAUGGUGUGAGUGGAGCACUAAGAGCCACAACACCUUGCAUCACUGUGAAGAACCCCAGAGUAACGGUGGGCAGUGAGGAUCAAACGGGGGGCCAUCCAGGGACGGAACACUGUCGUAAACUGGUCAGCUUCACUCUCUCAGACAUCCAGGCAGUGGGCCUGAAGAAAGGCAUGUUUUUCAACCCGGACCCUUACCUGAAGAUGUCCAUCCUGCCCGGGAAGAGGACCGGCCUCCCUAAAUUCACCCACCACGGUCAGGAGAGGCGGACCUCCAUUAUUGCCAAUACCACCAACCCUGUGUGGCAUGGGGAGAAAUACACUUUUGUGGCUCUGAUGAGUGACGUGAUGGAGAUUGAAGUGAAAGAUAAAUUUGCUAAGAGCCGUCCAAUCUUCAAGCGCUUUCUGGGUCAGCUGAUCGUACCCGUGCAGAGACUUUUGGAGGGACCUACAGCAGACCAACACCCAGUCAGCUACAGCUUGUGUCGCCGGCUGCCGACAGAUCACGUUAGUGGGCAACUUCAAUUCAGAGUGGACAUCACCUCCACACAUGAAGCCUGUGUUGUGUUCUAAAACUGAUCUCCAGAUGCAACAGGAACCAUUUUGGGCAGUACCGUGAACAGCGACCCUGGCAGUCCAUCUGACGAUGAAGAGCUUCCGCAACCCCCCUCAUCUUCUCGGCUUGCAUGCACCUCUUCCCUCACAAGCUCAGCUGAUAGCCCCCUGCUAGUCAAUGGUGCUUGUUACUACGGCAACAGCAGCGCGUGGCAGGAGGGCACGAUCCUGACUGCUGCGGGCGGCCACACCCACAGGCAGGUUUCCCUAAAUGACUACUUGGACGCCAUUGAGGCCUCUGGGAACCCCGUGGAGCGACAUCCAACAGGACCGUCGCCAAGACUCCGCUCCAGUUUUCCGACAGACACGCGUCUCAACGCAAUGCUCCACAUAGACUCUGACGAGGACGAUGAGAGUGCAGGGCAGCGCAGUGCCCAUCUGGAGACAAGAUUGCAGAGGACUACAGACUGUGACAUUUCUGGUGGGAGCGAAGGCUCCAAAUGUGAACUAGCUGGGGCGGGAGGCUCUCCUGUCACUGAGUCGGAUCAAGCCGGUGCAGGAAGUGCAGCAAAGCUACAUAUGGGGGAAGAGUUGGUGAACAUCAACACAGAUGUUGCUGGAGCAUCAGCACAUGUCAGUGGAGAAGUGGAUGAUAGUGUUUCUACUCAGGCUACACAACAAGAAUCAACAAGUGAAUGCACAUGCGGUGAACAAAAUUCCAGUAUCAACUCCAACCAGGACCCAGCCUGUAGUUCUUCAUAUAGCUGUGGCCCACUUUCGCCCAUUCAGGAGGUGGAGAUACGGACGGAAGUGGCCCCUAGGGCAGAAGAGGAAAGGGCAGAGCUAUCGAGCAGUAACAGCUUGGCGACUUCUGCUAUGACGACCACUAGCGACAUAGUAACCUGUGAUGCAGGUGGUGCAUGCUUGUGUCACAAAGGGGCCGUAGCUCAAGUCAAUGGCCACGUCUCUGUUCACACACUGCCGUCUGUACGCCAUGACAUUAGUCGCUACCAGAGGGUGGACGAACCCCUCCCACCAAAUUGGGAGGCGCGAAUUGACAGCCAUGGGAGGAUCUUUUACGUGGACCACGUGAACAGAACCACCACCUGGCAACGGCCCACUGCCCCGGCUGCUCAGCAGACACUCCAGAGGUCCAGCUCCAUCCAGCAGAUGGAGCAACUGAAUCGCAGGUAUCAGAGCAUCCGGAGAACGAUCACUAAUGAUAGCAGAGCAGAGGAGAUGCCAGCCAAUGAACAACCAGCAGAUGAAACCGAUCUGCACCCCUCCUUUCCAGAGCUCCGUCGGGACAGUAGCACAGCUCAGUCUAGUUCUCGAUCCCGCUUAUAUCUGCUGCUCCAGUCUCCCAGUGCAAGGUUCCUCACCAGCCCUGACUUCUUCACUGUGCUGCAUUCUAACCCUAGUGCCUAUCGCAUGUUCACCACCAAUACGUGCUUGAAACACAUGAUCAGUAAGGUUCGCCGGGACACGCACCACUUUGAGCGCUACCAGCACAACAGGGACCUGGUAGCAUUCCUUAACAUGUUUGCCAACAAACAGCUGGAAUUGCCUCGAGGCUGGGAGAUGAAGCAUGACCACACCGGGAAGCCUUUCUUUGUGGACCAUAAUAGUCGAGCAACCACCUUCAUUGACCCUCGGCUGCCCCUGCAGAGCUGUCGACCACCAAGCCUGUUGACUCAUCGUCAACACCUGACCCGCCAACGCAGCCAUAGUGCUGGUGAGGUCAGCCCACGACGCCUGGUGGGCGAAGAGUCCCGUCAUGCCGGUCCGCCUGUCUUGCCAAGGCCCUCAAACACCUUCUCAUCUGCCAGCAGGGGUCAGGUUCCAGACGUUGUGCCCGUGGCGUACAAUGACAAGAUUGUGGCUUUUCUACGGCAAGCCAACAUCUUUGAGAUUUUACAGGAGAGGCAGCCAGAUUUCCAUCGGAAUCAUUCACUUAGGGAGAAAGUCCAGUUAAUACGCACAGACGGCGCGUCAGGAUUGGCGCGGUUGUCAGGAGACGCCGACCUGGUCAUUUUGCUAAGUCUCUUUGAGGAUGAAGUUAUGUCAUAUGUGCCUCCUCAUGCCUUACUACACCCCAGCUACUGCCAGUCACCACGGGGUUCUCCUGUCUCCUCUCCACAAAACUCACCUGGUACCCAAAGAGCAAACGCCAGAGCUCCAGCACCCUACAAGAGAGACUUUGAGGCCAAACUACGCAAUUUCUACAGAAAGCUGGAGACCAAAGGUUACGGCCAAGGGCCAGGAAAGCUCAAAUUGAUCAUCCGCCGUGACCACCUGCUAGAAGAUGCUUUCAAUCAGAUCACAUGCUACUCCCGCAAAGAUCUGCAGCGCAGUAAGCUGUAUGUCAGCUUUGUGGGUGAAGAGGGAUUGGACUAUAGUGGACCUUCCCGAGAAUUCUUCUUCUUGGUCUCAAGAGAGUUGUUCAAUCCUUAUUAUGGUCUGUUUGAAUAUUCCGCCAAUGACACAUACACAGUCCAGAUCAGCCCCAUGUCAGCCUUUGUGGACAAUCACCAUGAGUGGUUUCGCUUCAGCGGUCGCAUCCUGGGUUUGGCUCUGAUCCAUCAGUACCUUCUGGAUGCCUUUUUCACUAGACCCUUUUAUAAAGGAUUACUGCGCAUUCCGUGUGAUUUGAGCGACCUGGAGUAUCUAGAUGAGGAGUUUCAUCAGUCGCUUCAGUGGAUGAAGGACAACGACAUUGAGGACAUGUUGGACCUCACAUUUACCGUCAAUGAAGAAGUCUUUGGACAGAUAACAGAGCGGGAGCUGAAGGUUGGUGGAGCUAACAUCCCUGUGACGGAGAAGAACAAGAAGGAGUACAUAGAACGGAUGGUAAAGUGGAGGAUCGAGCGUGGUGUUGUGCAGCAGACGGAAAGCUUAGUCAGAGGCUUUUACGAGGUGGUGGAUGCUCGGUCUGUGUCGGUGUUUGAUGCCAGGGAGUUAGAGCUGGUGAUGGCGGGCACGGCAGAGAUUGACUUGUCCGAUUGGAGGAACAACACUGAGUAUAGAGGAGGUUACCAUGACAACCACAUUGUGAUCCGUUGGUUCUGGGCAGCAGUUGAGAGAUUCAACAAUGAGCAAAGACUUCGACUUCUGCAGUUUGUGACCGGGACAUCCAGUAUUCCCUACGAGGGUUUUGCAUCUCUGCGUGGAAGCAACGGACCUCGGCGAUUCUGCGUGGAGAAGUGGGGCAAAGCAACAUCUCUGCCUAGAGCUCACACCUGUUUCAAUCGUCUGGACCUGCCUCCCUACCCAUCGUUCUCCAUCCUGUAUGAGAAGAUGCAGACCGCCGUGGAGGAAACCAGCACAUUUGGAUUGGAGUGA